UGCAACUCUGAAAUAAAUAUGAAGCAAUUUUAAUAAACGGAUUAGUAAAGAAAACUUUCGUGUUUUUUCUGGAUUAAUGAACUAUAUAUAUUAAAAUGUUACCGCUUUCCUUGCUUAAAACUGCACAGAGUCAUCCCAUGUUAGUUGAACUGAAAAAUGGUGAAACUUACAAUGGCCAUUUAGUAAGCUGCGACUCAUGGAUGAAUAUAAACUUACGUGAUGUGAUAUGUACAUCAAAGGAUGGCGAUCGGUUUUGGCGCAUGCCGGAAUGCUAUAUUCGAGGAAGUACUAUUAAAUAUCUACGCAUACCAGAUGAAGUUAUUGAUAUGGUAAAGGAGGAAGCACAAUCAAAACCCAGAAGCCGUACCGAACUGAUGAAAUCUCGUACUGGUGGUAGUGGAAAUACCGGUGGUGGUCAGAAUCAAAAUCAACGCAGUCGUGGAUCAAAUCGAAAUAACUUCGGUAAUCGCAACACCCAAGGUGGCAACAGUGGCAACACUGGACCUCGUCCAGCAGGACAGGGUAAUCGAACAGCGGGACAGGGACAUAAACAUCGAAAAUUAACGUAGGUUAAUAUAAAAAAAAACAUGCAUUUAGACUAGGAAUAAUCAAAUAAUAGCUUGGAGACAAAGAAUAAAAUUUGGACUUAAUAUAUAAAUCACAUAUGUACUAUAAUUUAUCAAUUCUAAACGUGUGUGUAGAAUCCCUUUAAUAAAGCUCCUAAAAGGUAUCAUUUAAA